CCACUGUCGAGAUGUGAAUUGUUUUCUCACAAAAUGAUAAACCCGAUUUGGUGACCCUUAUACCCAUCUCUCUCUCUCUCUCUCUCUUUCUUUCACGGCGGCGUCGAAGGAUCUCACUUCUCAGGCAGCUGCGGCAGCGCUCACCUUGUUCUCUCGCCGGAGAUUGGACGUCUCAGUUGAUUUGUUACUAUCCAGCUGGAGAUCCUUUGUGAAGUGAACUUUUCAACUUAAGUCAUGGCGGGCUGGCAGAGACAUUUGCAGUACGUACUCCGUCAGGUUGGGAAAAGAUUGGAGCAUAAUUACAUUGCUUCUGCCAACUUCUCUUGUCAUCACUCAAGGGGCUCUCUAGUACCUGGCGAGUUGCCUUAUUUACGGAGCCUGCGGACUUCACCUUCUCUAAACAACUCAAGAACAUUGUAUCAUUAUUUACAACAGUUGAAAUUUUCCAGUUCAAGGAGGUUACUCGCUGAUGCAUCUGAUGCAGCACCUAUUCCAUCUCCAUUGACACCUGUUUUGGCAAUUGAAAGUGGAAAAACUGAAGACCAGACAAAAGUCUCUAAACCUUCAAAAGUUCAAGCAGUUUUAAAAGAUAUAAAACAGAGUCCUAAGAAGGUGAACUUGGUUGCUGCAUUAGUUCGUGGCAUGCGUGUGGAAGAUGCACUGUUGCAGUUGCAAGUGACGGUAAAACGUGCUGCAAAAACUGUAUAUCAGGUUAUACACUCGGCGAGGGCAAAUGCAACCCACAAUCAUGGGUUAGAUUCAGAUCGUCUCCUUGUUGCCGAGGCAUUUGUUGGGAAAGGUUACUUUAAAAAGAGAGUCUCUUACCAUGCUAGAGGAAAAUGCGGGAUAAAAGUGAGACCGGAGUGUAGACUGACAGUGGUAGUUAGGGAAAUAACCGCUGAAGAGGAGGCUAAGAUCGCGAAGCUCAAAGUCAGCAAUUUCUUGAAGCUCACUAAGAAGGAAAGCCGGCUUGUUCCCCAUAAGCUUAUUGAGACUACUCCAAUUUGGAACCGCAAAGGCAAAGCGAAUAGUCGUGCAUCAGAUGGUAUGGCUGUGUGACUUAGUUUUUGCUUGGAUGGAUGGAUUUCAAAUGAAGGGAUUUGAGGUUGAAUUUUAUAAAAAUACGAGAGAUUGAGCUGUUAUGGGUGGAUUCAGAAAGCGAAGGGUAAGGAUAUAUUAGAGAUUGAAGAGAUGUAUUUUAUUUGGAUUUUGAAAAACUAGAAUACUUAGCAUGAAGAAUUUUGAAUAAUUACCUUUGACAUUGUUAUUUUAAAUCCAUGACAAAGUUGGAAAUUCAGUCACAUUGUGGUAGAAAGUCUUGUAGUGUGGAAGAUGCAAAAGAGAAGGAACCUUUUGGCUAAUGGUUGUUGCAUGUGUUUGAAGAUGCUUCAUUGUACAAUUCCAUUGAAGCCAUUGCCAUGUUAGAUGUCUUCA